AUGGCAGACGCGGGCGAUGACGUCUCAACGAUUUUAUCUGCUUCGUUUCGAGAAGUUUCCGUUUCAACUCUUCCUGCGAAAGAAAAAGCGCGACUAUUUACUCAAAAUGAAAAGCAGCACUACCAACACCACCCGAAUCAAGAAUGCUAUCAUGAUAAGGCCAAUAUCCAGCCUGCCAAAUCAUCCAAGCAAUCUGAACGCAACAAAUCCGACAUUAUGCUUCAAUUCAAAACAAGGCACAUCUCUCAAAAGCAACUUAUAGUUGAGGCCCGAGGCUUAUAUGCAGGACUUCAAAUGGUGGCAGCCAAGUGUAUCGAAGUUGACGAAAAGCUAGCUAUACUGCAGGGCGAUUCUCCUGUACCGGAACCGUUGAAUGACAAACAAUGGAACGCCUUGAACGAAUUGCAUCACACUUUGAUUUACGCAUUUUAUGAUUUAUUUCAAGUCCUUCAACAUCCAUCUGCGAGUCUUGCUCUGCAAACACUACCAUCAAAACAUUUUUUGCCUGGUCGAAUGUGGCGACAUGCCAUUCAUUCCUUCCUAGAAGUACUCAGAGCUCGAUUGCCUACCUCCCACGAUAAUAUGAUUGCAUUCAUGAAUUCUACAUAUUCGAUGCUAGGAAUAUUCUAUGAGACUGUACCGGCUUUCCAAGAUGUUUGGAUUGAGUGCUUGGGCGAUUUAGGAAGAUUCAGAACGGCUGUUGCAGUUGACAAUACGGAAGACAAACAGAUAUGGAACAGUGUCGCACGUUAUUGGUAUUCAAAGGCUUCCGACAGAGCCCCAGCGACUGGUAGAUUAUAUCAUCACCUUGCCAUUCUAACAUAUCCAAACUCGGACCCUCUAUCGGGACUAUAUUACUAUGCAAAAUCUUUGUGUGUUGCAACGCCCUUCACUCCCACAAAAGAAUCGCUAGUUAAAUUCUUCCAUCAGGUUAAGAGCAAGCAAGUCCAGCUACCUUCUUUCAAUACGACUUUCGUUCUAGCUCAUAGUUAUAUAUUCACUUAUACAAACAUGGAGCAAUUUGAGCGUACAGUUGAAAAAUUCCUUAGCCUUCUUGAUAGCCAUAUCGGCCAGGUCACAAGGAAGUUUAUGGAGGAGGGCUAUCAUAUUUCGAUCUCAAAUAUCAUUGCAGCUAUUGGCUUCGGUUCUGGAGAUAAUCCUGUUACGAAGUUGAUGAUGCAUUCUUCGACUCAUAAUACUUCAGAGGACUACAUGGGAGGUACGCAGAAUGAUUUAUCCCAGCCUACAACGGCAUUCCGAUAUGCUGAAUAUCUGAAUAACUCCGUGCUUGAGAUUGUUUUGAAACGCAUUGGCGAUCUUAAUGUACUUCCUUUCGUUCAUGUUACCCUGGUUUAUUUGCAUCAUAUAUCUCAAUUUGACAAUGCAACAGCUCUCUUAGCACUGGGCUUUCCUUGGCAAUUGUUAAAUAUCAUGUUGAAUACAUUGUUGUGUUCUUAUGGAACGCUCGAGUGUAUUGAGCACAAUGGAUUUCCAUCGUUAAAGAAGAACGAGAAUGAUUAUGUUCGCCCCUUUCCAGAAGAUUAUGCUAUGAGGGGUUUAUCGUGGGCCGAAGGUUUAUAUCCGGAGGAAUAUUUUCUGGACGAGAACGUUGACGAGGAAGAAAAAUGUCAAGAACUGCCGUCAAUGCUAAAGCAACGUCAAGAACGUAUACUUUGGCUUGCUUGCCGUGUUGCUGCUCGGGUUAGUCCAUGGCUUAUAUUCAACAGUUCGAAGUCCGAGUUUACCACAGAAGCCAGAUCUGCCGACUUACAAUCCGAGAGAACAUGCUGA